AUGGCGCUCCGGGAAGGACCUGGAAUUCGUGGCCACAGUUUCCAGCGGUCCGAAGAAAAGCGGUCCUAUCUGUCCUUCAGUAGCUGCUUCGAUGAGUUCGGCCCACCGUAUGCGGAUCUUCCGAUGGAGAUAUUGGUUAAAAUUUUCACCUACCUUGCACCGUCCGAUAGACGCGAAGCCAGCCAAACCUGUCGCCGUUGGUGUGAAGCAUCGCGCCACACCGCAUUCCUCGCCAACUUCUGGCUUGUGCUGCACCGUCAACCGUUCGACGUGAACGUCCCGCCAGUGCGCGACCUUAUGCACAGCUUUCGCCACUUCCCAAACAUUCAACUUUCGGAGGUGGACUUUGAACGAAUCGGCAGCUUCUUUACCCAGUUCGGACCACACAUCCAGCGAAUCGUGUUUCAGGCCUGUGAAAUACAGGAACGCGAUAUGAUUGCAAUUCUUCGCUGUCUGCCAGCACUGCGAUCCCUUACGAUCGGAUCCUGUCGCGAUCUGUUCAUGUGUGUGCGACUGUUUGACGAUCCGGCCGAACGAGAGCAACUCCGGCAGAUCCUUGCUAACGUUACCGAACUCUCGCUCAACCACAUCCAGUAUCUUUCCGAUGGAAUUCUAGACCGAAUAGUGGACAUUCUACCUUCGCUGCGCGUACUCGACCUGGCCGGCUGUCAUAUAUCCUUUCACCAAGGUCUCUAUCGGAAAUUUUACACCUGCGAUGGCAAACAACCCUCAGAGUCGGUGCUUACCUUUCAUUACAUCUCGCAGCUAAUUGACGAGCGAAAGGAAUCGCUACGGGCACUCAAUUUCAGCGAAACGCUCGUCGACGAUAAUGCGCUCGAAGUGUUGGCCAGCAUGAGUCCGACGUUGCGUCUCGAACGGCUAGAGCUGAACCGUUGCGAGCAGCUAUCGAAUCGAGGACUCGGAACACUUAUUACCGCCCAUGCAAUGCACCUGCAGCACUUGAACCUCUCGAAAACUUACCGUCUGACCGAUGCCUGUCUAUUGCAGAUUUGCCGCGAUUUGACCGGAUUGCGCGUGCUGCAAAUGCGGCUAUGUCGCGCCCUUAGCAAUCAGGGUGUUCGUGAGCUUGGGCAACUUGCUUCGCUGGAAGUGCUGGACAUUUCCUACUGUAAGGAAGUGAAUGGGGCAGGCAUCCUCGAAGGCAUCGCAUCCAAACCGAACCACACACUGCGGGAACUUCGGAUCCAGGGGUUGAACCUGUGCGAACAGUCCAUUAUUGCGAUUGCGGAAAAUCUAUCCGCAUUACAAGUGCUCGAUCUUGGCUACUGUUUUCAUGCUGUGUCGGAUCUUUCCGUACAGUUCAUCAUCCGCAACCUAGUUCGGCUAAAAGAGCUCGAUCUAGAAAAUUGUGGCAAACUAUCGGAUGAAGGAUUGACGGGGUUGGGAAUGUUGGCAAAAAUCGAGCGUCACGAACAGAGGAAUUCGGGCCCACGUGGUGUUGAGCGUGAAAAUGCACAACCAAACCAUCUGGACGAAGAAGCACCACAGCACCAACCGGAACCGGAACCACCACAGCUAGCAGCAACAGCACCACCACACAUGCGUAUCUCGUUGCGUAGCCGUGCCGAGCAGGAAAUCGUCGAGGAUGCGGAACGGAAAAAGCUUCUCAUGGAGGCGAUGCAGCGCAAAGACAAUCUGCAAUCGGCACAGAGCGAUUCAACGUCUUCCUUUAGCGGGCAUUACGUCGGUCGUCUACAGCAGCUUGCCAUUCUCAAUCUAACCGGUUGCAAUGGUCUUACGGAUGUAACGUUGAUGUGCAAUUUCAGGAUCGCUGAUCUUCGCCAGCUGUCCCUUGCCCGGUGUCAGCAAAUUUCGUUCGACGGAAUCCGCACGAUGGUGCAGGGAUGUCCAGCUAUCGAGCAUCUCGAUCUUAGCGAGUGUCACAACAUCAGCGAUCGUGCGGUCGAACAGAUUGUCGUCCAUCUGCGCCGUUUGCGUACGCUAAGCCUUCGGCGCUGCUAUCAACUGACCGACUUUAGUCUCGAUCAUAUCGCCUGCCAUGCUGACCGGUUGCGGGAGCUCGAUGUGCGCGGCUGCAAGCACAUGUGUGCGGAUCCGGCCAUGCGAUUGGUUAAUCUUCCCCUGCUGACAACGAUUCUUGCCGGCAGACAGGAAGAGGUUAGCAGUGGACCGUUUGAUGCGUCGUUCACGGCUAUGCCAACGCCCCCACCUCUACCACCGACGCCGCGACUUUCGAUGCGCUUUUAACAGGAGUUGGGUUUGGUUGGGUCUACUGUUACUGUUCGAUGCAGGAUGCUUAGUGUUGAUGGCAUCGUGGCUAGCUGGCUAGUUGCUAUGACAUUUGCGCUGGUUGCUUGGUGCACAUACUGGGUACGAUCGUUGGGCAUAGAC